AUGGCAAUGCUCACUAAACUUCAAUCACUCUCCCUUCUCCUCCUCCUCCUCCUCCUCCUCUUUACAGAACCCAUCUCCGGCGAGUCUCCGUCCGGGUGCGGCGAAUCCGAGCAUGAAACGUGUCGUAACAGCGCUAGAGCUUUGAAAUACAAAAUUAUUGCCAUAGCAAGCAUAUUGGUUGCUAGCAUACUUGGUGUAUCAUUGCCAUUAGUAUUACGUCAAGUACCAAUUUUUAGUCCAGAAAAAGAUUUGUUCACCCUAGUGAAAGCUUUUGCUUCGGGUGUUAUAUUGGCUACGGGUUAUAUGCACGUAUUGCCAGAUUCGUUCGACGAUUUGAGAUCCGAUUGUUUGCCUGACAAUCCAUGGAAGAAAUUCCCAUUCUCAACAUUUGUGGCAAUGAUUUCUGCUUUGUUGACACUAAUGGUGGAAUCGUUCGCGAUGAGCCGUUUUCAGAAAUCUAAUCCGGAGAGUAACAACUUUGUCGCCGAUGAAAACCCUAGCGUCCGUGCGAAGGAAGGAAAUGAAAUGGUGCACUUUCAUGCUAUUGAGGCAGGUCACCAGGAGAGCACAAAACUUUUGAAGCAUAGAGUCGUGGCUCAGGUUUUGGAGAUGGGGAUUGUGGUGCACUCAGUAGUGAUUGGAUUAUCAAUGGGAGCAUCUGAUAAUCCAUGCACAAUCAGACCUCUUGUGAUCGCCAUUUGCUUCCACCAAUUCUUUGAAGGAAUGGGUCUUGGGGGAUGCAUCGUACAGGCUGAGUAUGGACUGAGGAUGAAGGCAAUCUUGGUCUUCUUUUUCGCAUCAACGACACCGUUUGGGAUAGCUCUCGGGAUAGGAAUAUCGAAGGUGUAUAGUGAAGACAGUCCAACGGCGCUGAUUGUUGAAGGACUAUUGAAUGCUGCAUCGGCAGGGUUAUUGCAGUACAUGGCCCUUGUGGAGCUAUUGGCGGCGGAUUUCUUGGGCCCUAAAUUGCAAGGAAAUGCGAAGUUACAAUUAUGGGCUUUCGUUUGCGUUUUCGGGGGAGCUGGGCUUAUGUCAUUGAUGGCUAAAUGGGCUUAG